AUGCGGGAGGCCGGAGCCGGCUGCGGGGAUGGCCGGGCCGAGGCCGAGCCCUGCCUGGGCCCCGGGGGCAGGCUGGCGGCCGCCGUGUGCCUGGGCGCCGUGGGCAGCCUGGGCUUCUGCAGCAACCUGCUGGUGCUGCUGCUCUUCUGGCGCUUCCCGGCGCUGCGCUCCCCCAUCAACCUGCUGCUGCUCAACAUGGCCCUCAGCGACCUGCUGGGCUGCGCGCUGGGCACCCCGCUCGGGCUGGCAGCGGGCAGCAGCGACAGCAACAACAGCAACAGCACCGCUGCCGGGGCCGCCUGCGCCUGGCACGGCUUCGCCACCGCCCUCUGCGGCAUCAUCUCCCUCAUCUCCCUGGCCGUGCUCUCGUACGAGCGUUGCUGCACCAUGACCAGGACAGCAGAGCCUGACACCACCAACUACAGGAAAGCCUGGGCAGCCAUCAUCCUGUCCUGGACAUACUCCCUGCUCUGGACUGUGCCCCCACUGCUUGGCUGGAGCAGCUAUGGGCCAGAAGGAGCAGGGAUAACCUGCUCUGUGAACUGGCAUUCCAGGGACGCCAACAACGCCUCCUACAUCAUCUGUCUUUUCAUCUUCUGCCUCGUGAUCCCGUUUGCCAUCAUUGUCUAUUCCUAUGGGAAGCUGCUCUGUGCUGUCAGACAGGUGAGCAGCCUGCCCCGGGGGCCGGGCCGGGGCCGGGAGCAGCGCGUCCUGCUCAUGGUGAUGGUGAUGGUGCUGUGCUUCCUCCUCUGCUGGCUGCCCUACGCGGCUGUGGCACUGCUGGCCACCUUCGGGCAGCCUGGCCUCAUCAGCCCGGCAGCCAGCAUCGUCCCAGCCAUCCUUGCCAAGAGCAGCACUGUCUACAACCCCAUCAUCUACGUGUUCCUGAACAAACAGUUUUACAGGUGUUUUGUGGAGCUCCUGAGGUGCAACAAAUCCCCCCAAAGCUCCUUGCCUAGGCUGAAACAGCAAGAACAAACCCCAGGCUCUGAAGAGCUUCUGCCAAAGCCCAGCCAAGCCCAAAGGAGAGAUCCAGAGCUUGGUGCUGUAGGAGGGCUCCAAGAAACAAGCUGCAUGUGAGGAGAGGGGCACAAGGCUCUCCAGGAGGGAAUGGCCAGCCUGCAGAUGGUCCCUCUCACCCUGGCUUGGAUUAACUCCUCCAAAAAUUCUCAUGUUGCUUUUCAAACAAACACAAACAGAUCAUUAUGAACUAUGCAGUUACAGGGUAAAGCUCUACUGAAAUUUAAAGUGCGUGUAUUGGUUAUGUUUCAAAGUUUAGAAAUUGCAGCUGAAACUUAGGAAAAUAUGUAUUUUAGGGACUUUUCUCUUAAAUUGUCAGCUUACAAAGUUAGUGCAGCAAAAGA